AUGGAUUGUCAGUUAAAGAGCUUCUGUUUAAUAAUCGUGUUAGUUUUGUGCAAUGAAAAGUAUGAAGCAAAGCCACAAAAUGACUUGGAGAUUAAUUAUCGCCCUCAAGAAGAUUUUACCAAAAAUAGGAAAGACGAUGAAAUGUGUGAGAAACAAAUGCUGCUUUUGGUGGAUGGUUUUCAAAGAAAAGAGAUUUGGGCAUUGAAAGUGUUUGACUCAUGGGGAAGAUCACAAGCUGGACUGUUUUCCGGGAAUUUAUUAAACUUUGGACAUUACGAACAAUGCAUACAAAUGAAACAAGAUUUUGACAGUGACGAAAGUGGAAUAUUUCAGGGUCAACAUUGUUUAGUCUUCUUUAAAAUAAGUGACAUUGUUGAAAGCUUUGCAUCAAAUGAACGAGACACAAUUCUCAACCAUAUUUUCGAAAUUGACAUCUUAAGUCGCUACAUGAACGUUUCAAAGUCCAAAGUUGGUACAGCAAUCUGCAUUCCUUCAUUUUGUUCUACUAAAAUGGUGAGAAGAAUUGCAGAUAGCAUUCUUGCAAACGGCAAUUUGAAGACGACGACAGAUUACAAACAGGGACUUUAUUGCAACACUAUAAACAUUCUUGAAAUGAGACAAAUCGACAUGUUUGCAGUUUUGUUUUUCAUUUUCAUGUUACUUUUGCUUAUUCUAAGCACAGCAUAUGACUUGACAAUGCUUAGACAGAAUCGCAAACGAAAAGCAAUAUUCUCAGCCUUCUCUGUUUACACAAAUGGUAAAAAGUUAUUUGCUAUCAAUGAACCUGCUACAAGUGACGUCAUAUCAAGUCUUUAUGGAAUUCGUGCUUUAUCAAUACUUUGGAUAAUUCACGGACAUCGAAUGCAAAUAUAUUCGAAUUUUCCUAUCAUCAAUAGUGUGCAAUAUCGAGAGGAAUGGAUAAAAAAUUGGACAUCGGCUUUAUCAACAUCAACUAAGAUGGCCAUAGAUACAUUUUUUGUUCUGAGUGGUUUGCUUUCAACAAAAACUAUUCUCAGAAAAUUGGAUGCUAAGGGAAGAUUAAGUCCAAGUCAUCUCUACAUUCAUCGUUAUUUGAGAAUCACACCUGUGCUUGCUGCAACAAUUUUUUGUUUCAUGUCACUUCAAAGAUAUUUUGGCGAUGGCCCAAUGAACAAAUCUCUAAUUGAUCAAUCAUUGAGUGGUUGUAAUGAUUAUUGGUACGCUGCACUUUUACACAUUCAGAACUUUGUGAACCCGAACAAUUUAUGUUUAAGUCAUACUUGGUAUUUAUCUCCUGAUUUUCAAUUAUUUCUUCUCUCGCCAUUUAUCGUUUAUCCUUUGUGGAAAUAUGGAAGAAAAGUGUUGAUGUCAUUGCCGUUCCUGACACUUGCUUCCUUGAUCUUUAUCUUUAUUUUCACCUAUUAUCAUGAAGUUAAUGUAUUUUUUCGUAACAACAGCAACACAGUUAACAGUCUGUAUAAUGCCUACAUUUAUGAAUGCUUUUUUUCACGGGUAUGUCCAUAUAUUUGUGGUGUAAUGACAGCUUAUAUAUUACACAUAAACCGUGAGGCAGUCAUAAAAAUUUCAAGCCACUUAAACACCAUCUUGUGGUUCUCAUCAAUUAGCACAAUAUUUUGUAUCAUCAUCGGAAAUUUCGCAUUUCAUGCUAAGGAUAAUGGAACAACAAAGUUUCUCAAUUCAUUCUAUUAUGCUGGAGGUCAGCUUGGAUGGUCACUCUCAAUCGCAUGGAUUAUUUUCGCUUGUCAUUUGGGUAAUGGUGGCUUUGUGAACAGCUUUUUAUCGCUUUCGAUUUGGAAGCCAAUUGCAAGAAUUGGUCUCAGCCUUUAUUUAACUCACAAUUCUGCAUUAAUAGCUGUUUUUGGAACUCAAAAGCAACCAGGAUACUUCAAUGAGUUCCUGAAAACUCAUCAUUUUUUAGGUGAUUUAGGAUUAUCGUUUUGUGUUGCAGUUUUAGCUUUUCUAACAUUUGAAGCGCCUUUUCUGGCCAUCGAAAGAAGCUUCCACAACAAAAAAAUUGAAAAAUGA